GAUUUGUGGGUCAAAAAGUUGAUUAAAUUUGGCGCAGAAGUCGAGCGCCAGUAUAGUAGCGCCAAAUGCACUCAUGUCUUGUGCGACAACACUCACCAUCCCUUCAUCAAAGAGUGCUUACGGGAAGGGAAGCGUUGUGUGACUCCUUAUUGGCUCAACGAUGUGGUGUCGGACAAGAAGUUGUUGCCGCCGACGAAGAUCUAUCACUUGCCGCACGCAUUCAAUGAGACGAAGCCAUGCAAACAACACAUCAUAACAAUGACUAACUUUGAAGGCGAGGAACGUUUGAGAAUAAAAGAAAUGAUUCUUAAGACGGGCGCCAAAUACACGUCAUAUUUAUCCCAAAAGAAUACGAUUAUUAUUUGCAAACGACUCGAAGGCGAAAAGUAUCGCAAAUCGGUUGAGUGGCGACUGGCGAUCGUUAACACGGUUUGGCUGCACGACAUCCUCUUCGUGGACACUAAAUGCGGUUAUAGUUGUGGCCAACAAACGGGACAAUCGGUUGUCGAAGUCUUAAGAGAGACAAUGAUGAACGAAAUGGGGGUCAGACGGCCCGCAGACCCGACCUCUUCGCCCAAAUCGAGUCCGCGAGGGAAUCGGUCGCCAGUAGUUCCCCGACAGGACUCGACGGGCACUCUGAAGACGACCAUCUCAUUGGGCAAAACGCCAGUCAUUGUCCAUUCGGGACCAUUUUAUCUCAUGAAAGAACCUCCAGCUGAGAGCGAACUGACGGGAAGCGCGAAUCUGUUGCUGAAGAACAGUCUCGAGCACUCGUACAACAAGUUCUCGGGCCGUAAAGUGAAGGACCAGUUGAGCGCAUUCCUGCCCAACCUUCCCGGCAAUAUCGACGUACCGGCCCUUCAGGACAACAGUUCACUUCGACUGCUGUACGAAAAGCCGCCGAUCGGUGGCAAAGAGCUGCUGCCUCUGACCGCCAAUCAAUUGCUGGGCUUUCGACUACACGCCGGACCGCUUCCGGAACAGUACAGGUUUAUGAGUCAAUCCGUUCAGCGAAAGAAACACAAACACAAGAAGAAUAAGCAGAAGAGCGGCGAAACGCCGUCCUAUGACUCGCACUCAGAAGUGUCUGAAGGCGUGGCCGCACACGAGAAGAAGCACAAGAAACAGAAACGACACGACGAGGAGAAGGAGCGCAAGAAGAAGAAGAAGGACAAGAAGAAGAAGAAACAAAAACACAGCCCCGAGACCGCUGGCGGCCCCUCUGGCGCUGGUGUGGGACCCGUUGGCGGUCAGCCGCCAUCCGCCGGUCUCAUCGGCGGUAAUACCACUCCUCAGCACUCGAACGCGUCGGUCAAUGGAAUGCAAAGGACUAAUUAAUGGCCAUUUGUUUAAUUCAUUUUAUAUUUAAUUUAAUAUGUUUUUUCUCUUUAUUAGUAUUUUUUUCACUUAAUUUAAUUACUCUUUAAAUAUAUUUUGUUUGAAACCAUAUAAAUCAAAGUCGAGCUCUUGUUUGAGAAUUCCGGACAAAACAAACUCAACAUUCAAUACAUCUGCAAAUAAAAUGACAAAUAAAUUAAAGCAAUUAAUGAACAAAAUCUAAGAA